CUCAGCAAAAGGAGUGGGCGGUGAAGGCUGACCAUUAAUAUUCAGAUAAGUUUCUGACCCCAUUUGAGUCGGAUUUGUGAGUUUUCCCCGUAAACACACACAUGACCUUUGAACCAUGUGCAUAGGUUAGAGAUGGAGAAGGCUUCCUUACACGAUAUUCGGCACAAACAUCACACUGCGUUACACGUACUUAUUACAGCUUAUGAGCAUUCACUUUCCCUCGCAGCUUCCAGCCCAGUUUUAUUUUAUAUAAGCACUGCUUUUGUCCACUCUUCUCUCCUACUUACAGGUCACCCACACCAGUCAACAAAGCCGAGGUUGCAGAGUCUGAGUGGCACACAUGCCGACAGUCUUUAGUGUCUAGUUCCAACACAUAAACGCUGUAGACUGACACCUUGGAAUACGGAUGAUGCAUGAUUCUUGUUUUAUAUUAU